CCGGGAAAACCGGGAAGAGCCGGGGCCCCCGCGCUGCACCAAGCGGCCGCCUCCACCUCCUCCUCCUCUUUGCACCAUGUUCGCCCAGCUGGAGCGCUGCGAGACCGAGUGGCACGAGCUGGAGGGGGAAUUCCAGGAGCUGCAGGAAGCUCACAAGGUCUACAGGCAGAAGCUGGAAGAGCUGACCACGGUCCAAGCUGUUUGCAGCAGCUCCAUCAACAAGCAGAAGAAGAGGCUGAGAGACCUGAAGUGCAGCCUCCAGAGGUUCAAGCGCCAUGCCAGCUGUGAGGAAGCGGAGCUCAUCCAGCAGAUCAGUGCCAACAUCAAGGAGCGGCAGAAUGUUUUUUUUGACAUGGAAGCCUAUCUGCCCAAGAAGAAUGGGCUGUACUUGAACCUGGUUCUGGGCAAUGUCAACGUGACUCUCCUGAGCAACCAGGCCAAGUUUGCCUACAAAGAUGAAUAUGAGAAGUUCAAGCUCUACUUAACAAUCAUCUUGUUACUUGGUGCUGUGGCUUGCAGGUUUAUUCUUCACUACAGAGUAACUGACGAAGUGUUCAACUUCCUGCUGGUUUGGUAUUACUGCACCCUGACCAUCAGAGAAAGCAUUCUCAUCAGCAAUGGAUCCAGGAUCAAGGGCUGGUGGGUGUCUCACCACUAUGUGUCCACAUUCCUAUCUGGAGUGAUGCUCACCUGGCCAAACGGACUCAUCUAUCAGAAGUUUCGCAAUCAAUUUUUAGCCUUUUCAAUUUUUCAGAGUUGCGUCCAGUUCCUGCAAUAUUAUUACCAGAGCGGCUGCCUCUACAGACUGCGGGCGCUCGGCGAGAGAAACCACUUGGACCUCACAGUGGAGGGAUUCCAGUCCUGGAUGUGGCGGGGCCUCACCUUCCUCCUGCCAUUUCUCUUCUGUGGCCACUUCUGGCAGCUGUAUAAUGCUGUCACCCUGUUUGAGCUCUCCAGCCAUGAGGAAUGUAAAGAAUGGCAGUGGUGCACACCAAGCUCCAGAAAAACAGAGAUAAGAGGAAGAAGCGGUGAGGGCUCGGUGCCGGAAGACUCAGACCCUUGGCGGCAGGGAAGGGGGUGGGGGGAGUCUGGGGCUUCCGUCACUGUCGCCGCCCCACCCUGGGGAGGCCCCCGGCCCGCAACUCCAGACGGAAGAAUGUGAACUGUCCCAGCACGGACCCUGUACAGUAUUACUCCCCCCGCCUGCCUGCUGCUGGCUCUUAUUUAUGUGCAUAUUUAAUCCCAGGCUCUCCUCACUUGCCUGGAGUUGGAGAUUUCUUUCCCUAAAACCCCCCCUUUUGUUGGGGGAACCCUCUGGGGACCCAUCUCCCCACUGUAAAUGGGGGUGGGGGGUGGUCAGGCUAGUAGUUUCUUGUUCAACAUUCACUUUUUACUUGUUUUAAUUCAGCAAAGUCUCAGCUGCUCAGGUCACCCCAUCCCAGGCCUGUUGUUUACCUGCCUUCCUGGAAGUGGGAGGGCAGGGCGGGGAUGGGGUGGGGCAUAUGUGUGUGUUUGGGGGGGGUGUUUCCCCAGUGCCCAUGGAGUGCCCCCCUCCUGGGCUGCUGCUCCCAAGGGGUACAAUCCUUACCCGCGUCCCUGCCUGCUCCAAUGUUGGGGAUCGUUUACAAGCUAAGGAGCUUCUCCUUUCUCUGUACCAGCUUUGUCCUUGGGAUGGGGGUUCCGCUGGCCUGUCUUCCAUUGUCAGCGACAGGAAACUGUAGCAAGGAGCAUCUCCCCCAUCUGCCCCAACUCCCUGCCCUCUCCCCAGCCCCUCUGGGCUUCUUUCCCCAUCAGGGGUUCGAUGCGCUGUACUCAGCCGGGAAGGGGAGUGGCAGGGGCUGGGUUGGGGCAUCUUAAGGGUCAGGAACUCCCUUUGAACUCCCUCGCCCUGCUGUCUGUAGGGUCAGAAGGGAUUUCUUAGUCAGCCGGGGCUGGCUGGAGCGGGGAGGAGAAGCUCCCAGUUGAAACACCUGAGGGUGGUAGAACAAUGUGGACGUUUGGAGUUGUGACCAGCGCACUACCGAAUAUCUGGGCCUGACCAUCAGAUUUAACCUGGUUUGGGCUUCCAAGAUCCAAGUGCAGAAGUUAGGGCGGGGAUAGAGCUCCAAACCCACCCACUUCGUUCUCCCCUGCCCCACCCGGGUUCCCAGUCCCUGUGCGCUCGAUGGCCGGAACCAGCACGAGGCAGAGGACCGGCUCGGGGAGGGCACCGUGUUUGCCGUUUUUAUUAAAAGUUCUUACUUGC